AUGUCUUUUUCCUAUUCAGGUUCCCAAUCAGAAGAAUGCGUUUUGUUAGAAAAUGACUGUUUGAAUCAAGAUUAUUAUGAAAAUAAUGGGGUAAAUGGUAUUAGUGCCAAACUUGGUGGUAACACUAUCAAUGUGAAUAAAUAUUUUAAAAGUAUUAGAAAGAAACGAAAUAGAAAAAAGCAUUUCAAUGUGACUACUGAUUAUGUACCUAUGAAUUCUGCUAGUAGUGAAUCGGUGAAUAAUACAAUUGAUAAUAUUAAUAAUAAUGAAAUUACAAUUAAUUGUGAAGGAAUUGAAAUACCUAAUAUUAUUAAUACUGGUCUAUUAGGAAAAUUUUUUCCAUUCGGUUUUUGUUAUGAAUUUAAAAAACUUGUCCAACUGGCUAUACCAAUUACCAUAACAUCUUUGGUGGCUUUUUUAUCUGGACCUAUGGGUCUUAUAUUCUGUGGCCAACUUGGAAAAACUGCACUUGCUACUGUCGGUUUGGCAAAUUCCAUAUUCAAUGUAGCUGGCUUAGCUGUUAUUACUGGUCUGUUAACAGCAGUUGACACUUUAUUUUCACAGAUAUUUGGCAGUUCAAAUAAAGGAUUAAUGGGUAUUCAUUUACAACGUGCUAUUGUAAUCUCGUUUAUUAUGUGUAUGCCUAGUUGGUCAUUGUAUUUAUGCAUCGAACCUAUACUAUUGGGAUUGAAACAAAAUCCAUUAAUGGCUAAGAAAGCUUCCGAAUAUUUAUUAUAUAUGAUACCAGGAUUGUAUUUUGCUGCAAUAGGUCAGAUUUUAACAAAGUACGUUCAAACUCAAAAUCGUGUAUAUAUUCCACUGGCAAUCGGGAUUUUAACAAAUUGUUUCAAUGCUUCGCUACAUUAUAUUCUUUUAUUUGUUUACAAAAUUGGAAUAAUAGGUUCAGCCAUUUCUCAAUCAUCAGCUUAUUUAUUUCAAUGUAUUUGCUAUCUACCAUACAUUCUGAUGUUGCAACAAUCAGGAUUAACAUGGAAAGGUUGGACAAAUGAAUUAUGGCUUGACUGGGGAAGAUGGUUCAAAUUAGCUAUGCCAGGUGUUCUCAUGAUUACCUUGGAAUGGAUCGUUUUUGAAAUGGGCAGUAUAGUUUCAGGUACACUUGGUGAAAGAGAAUUAGCUACCCAAACAAUUCUUUUCAAUAUUGAAUCAAUGUGCUUUACACUGUUACCACUUGGAUUUGGUAUAGCAUCAAGCAUACGUGUUGGUCAAUUUCUUGGUGCUCGCUCUUCAUUGGGACCACGAUCAGUUGUUUCCACAGCUCUUGUAACAUUGUGGACAGCUUCUAUUGUCUUUAUUCUAACUUUGUGUUUAUUAAGAUGGAAAAUUCCAAUGAUUUUCACUUCUGAACAAGAUGUCAUCGAACUAUCUGCUAAACUGUUACCAUUGAUUGCUACAUUUCAAAUAUUUGAUGGAACUGUGGGUGUUUGCGGCGGUGCCAUUCGUGGAGCUGGACUACAACUAUUCGGUGCUAUUGUUUGUUUCAUAAGUUUAUAUGUAAUAGGUUCUCCAAUCAGCUUUAGCCUUGUUUAUGCUGGUGCUUAUGGUUUGGAAGGUUUAUGGGCUGGUAUGACAAUCGGAACCAUUUUUGAAGGUGUUAUUUAUCUUGUUAUAUGUCAGCACAUUAACUGGGAGAAACAGGUUCAGCUAGCUAUUGAAAGAACAGAAGAAUUAAUACUAAAUGUUGACCAAAUGCAAGAAAGUAGUACAAAUCAAUCGACUGAAGAAGUUCAACAGUCAACAGAUACCAAACCCUCAUCGUUUAAAGAUGAAUGUGUAAAUGAAGAGGAACAAAUUGAUGUUCAAAAUGAUGUUUCAUUUCGUGAAAAUGUGACAGAAGCAGGAGCAAGCUUGGUAAAUGACUGCAACUCCCCAACCAAUGAAUUGAGUCCAAACUUACAAAAAAUACUUUCGAUUCAAUUAGAAAAGGUCGUCUUGUCACGUACUGUAUUCAUUCUAUUAAUGUUAUUUCUACUAAGUUUAGGCAUAAUUAUGAGAGUACUUAAACCAUGGUCAGGUAGAUUUGGUGUAUACUGUAUAUUUUCUAACGGGACAUUUAUCUCUUUAAAGGAUCGUAUUGAUAUAUUUCUUCCAAAUUCAACAGGAACAAUUUUAGAUGCUAACAAUAUUUUAUUAAAAUAUUAUAACCUAAACUGUACAAUAUCUAUCCCCUAA